AUGGCAGAGGGUGCAGUGAAUUUUACUAUAGAAACCUUGGGUUCCUUGCUUGUCCAAGAAACCAAGUUGUUGAGCAGUGUAAAGAAAGAAUUUGAAAGCAUCAAAAGAGAAUUGGAGUUCAUGAGAGCUUUCGUUAGGGAUGCAGAUACAAGGGUAGCAGUCAAAGAAGAAGCAGAAGGCAAUGGAGGUGUCGUAAGUACUUGGGUGAAACAAGUAAGGGAAGAAGCUUAUCACAUUGAAGACGUCAUAGAUGAGUACAUGCUUAAUGAGGGGAAGUAUCAUGAACAUGAUGACAAAGGUCUCACUGGUUUCCUUCUUAAAGUGCGUUGCUUCAUGAAUGAACUUAAGGUGCGUCAUGGAAUUUCAUCUAAGGUUAAAGAUAUCAAAUCAUCAUUUGCUGAUAUACAGAGAAGAGUGAACCAUUAUAAAUUUAGUGACAUAGAUCAAGGAGAUAUUGUAUUGCACGACUCUCGAGUUGGUUCUCUUUUCAUCCAAGACACUGAAAUUGUGGGCAUCGAAUCUACUAGAGACCAAUUGAUUGGUUUGUUGGUAAAUGGAACAUCCAACCUUUCAGUAGUUGCAGUUUUGGGCGAAGGAGGACUUGGCAAGACCACUCUUGCCAUGAAUAUUUAUAGCAAUGAUGCAGUGAAGAAGCAUUUUGAUUGCCAGGCUUGGAUCACAGUUGGGAAAGAAUACUUGAAUAAAGAUUUAGUAAGAAUGAUUUUACAAGUACUUUACCGUUCAACAGGGUCCACUCUGAUGGAGGUAGACAAAAUGGAAGAGAAGGAUUUGAUCAUGAUGUUGAGGGAAAACUUAAAGGACAAGUGUUACAUGAUUGUGUUCGAUGACGUGUGGAAAACUGAAUUUUGGAUGGAUGUAAAGCUUGCUUUACUUAAUAACAACCAAAACAGUAGAGUAAUGCUAACGACCCGAAAUAAAAGAGUUGUAGAAUUCAUACCAUUCUCAAUGGUUCAUGUUCACAUGCUUGAACCCUUGUCUUCAGAGAAGGGAUGGGAACUUUUUUGCAAAACGACAUUUGGCUCUAAUGGCUCUUGUCCUCCAGACUUGACGGAAUUAUCGAAACACAUCAUUGGAAAAUGUGGAGGUCUGCCUCUAGCAAUUGUUUCAAUAGGUGGGCUUCUCUCACUGAAGGCUUUGUCCAACAACAACCACCUUCCAUCUGAGCAUGUUGCAGAAAAUUACUUGAAGCAACUUAUUGAUAGAAGCUUGAUUCAAGUUUUAGAGAGAAAGCCUUCUGGACAAGCUAGAAGUUGUAGAGUUCGUGGUCUGAUGUACGAGAUGCUUCGUAGAAAGAUGAAGGACUGUGUUUUUUGUCACUUUUUUAAUGAAAAAGACUUAAGUCACUUUAGCAAAACUCGAAGCAUUUCAAUACACAAAUGCACUAGUAGUGUUUUAGAGAGCAUAAAAAAUUCAAAGAUCCGCUCCAUUUGUCUUUUUAAUGUGGACAUAUUGCCCGAGUCUUUCAUGAUUACAUUUGUUGCUGAUUUCAAGCUUUUAAAGAUACUUGAUUUUGAAACUGCCCCUUUGGAUUGUCUUCCCGAUGGAGCGGGAAAGCUCUUCCAUUUGCACUACUUAAGUUUGAGAAAUACAAAAGUUAAAGAGCUUCCCAAGUCCAUAGGCAUGCUUCACAAAGUAGAAACUCUUGAUUUGAAGUGGAGUUUUGUGAGUGAGCUCCCGAUUGAGAUCAAGAAUUUGAAAAAAUUGCGUUGUCUAAUUGUAGAAUGCCAGGACAACAAAGGGCCUUACAGAAGAAGAGCAAAAAUACAAGAAGGUUUUGGGGCUUUAACAGAGUUGCGGCAGCUACGUUAUGUGCUUGCAAACACUUGGGUACUUGAAGAGCUUAAUAAACUAAGGCAGAUGAGAAAGUUGGGCAUUAGGGUCGCAAAUAGAGAUGUGAAGGAUUUGUUUGCUAUUGUCCAACAUAUGGAAAAACUUGAAGAUUUGAGUGUAUUAGGGUUUACAAGUGGAAAAGAGCCUCUUGAUAUACAAAAAUCCUUGGCUUCUCCUCCUUUAUGUCUUCAACGAUUUCAUUUGGGAGGGAUAUUAAUUGAAAUUCUACCAGUUUGGAUUUCUAAACUUCAAAAUCUAAUCAGAUUACAACUGGAUUUGCUUGGAUUUACCAAUGAUUCCAUGACAAUACUUCAAGCUCUGCCUAAUUUAUUGGUGCUGGUUCUCUUUGUGCGUGACUGUGAUGAACAAUUGCAUUUCAAAGAAGGUUGGUUUCCAAAGCUCGAACACUUGUAUCUCUACAACUGCAAGGGAUUGAAAUGCAUGGUGAUAGAGAAAGGCGCAAUGCCUAGUCUUACAGAGCUGUCGAUUGGACCAUGCCCAUUGUUGAAGGAGAUUCCAACUGGAAUUGAGCAUUUUAAUAACCUAAAGAAACUUGUGUUUCGAAACAUGUUAAAGGAGGUUUAUGGCAUGAUAAAAAAUGAGAACUGGGAGAAUGUCACUAAACACAUUCCACUAGUACGUGUUGACUAUAAACACACAUCUAGAGGAGAAUACUUUUUUCACACCAGUAAAUAUCUGUCAUCUCUGUCGGAAGAAGAUUUGGAGAAGAUUAUUGAAGAAAUUGAGGCCGAGUAA